AUGGCCUGCAGCGUUUCCGACGAAGCAGCCUUCAUCAAGCAGCAGGAAAUCCUCCGAGACCGCUGCUCAAACCUCCUCGCAGAAAAUCUCGACAACAGUCCCGACGUUAUCUGGAAACCCGAUGAUGGCCACGGAAUACAACCCACCACCGAGGAAGAUGAAGCUCAGCUCAAACUAGUCCUAGAUGUUAGCUUCGACAAAGAAACCAAACAUCCAAUCUUCCCUCCCUCAAACAACAGACUCUCAGACGAGCUAGUUUAUCUAGCAACCAAGUUCCUGAACUCCCGCGAUCGGGGCCGACAAUAUCCAUACGACUUCGACAGCAUGGGCAAUAUCAAUCCCCGACGCGUAUCUUCAGGACCAGCCCCAAUCAUCUGGGCUCACGGUGUCCCCUUCUUCCCAGUAUACAAAGGAUACUACAUCCUCUGUGGCCGCGAGCACGCCAACUGCAUCGGCUGGCUACUCAACGAGAAAACCAAAGAGAUCAUGCAAGCCAAUCCGAUCUGGUCUGUCGGAGCAGUCGUGGCACCUGACUCAGCCGUGCGCCUUCCUCAUAGUAUCACUCGCCAGAUGACGCAGCACAGGCCUCAGGGUAUAGAGCUAGACGCGAACUACAGGUGCAAGGCUUGGGCUCGGGAUGUUGUGGCUGCUGAGCACCAUCUCUGUGCUGUUCUUCCGAAUCUCGGUGAUGAGAUUGAGGUCUGUCAGCUGUGGAGUGUCUGGGGUUACAAUGUUUGUUGUGGACCUGUGAAGGGUGGUGUGAACCCCACUACCAUUCCGAAGGAGUUUUUCGCCAAGCAUGGUAUCAAAGAUACCGAUUAUGCUUCUCUUGCUAAGCCGUAUGGAAAUCAUCUGCUGGAUGGCGAUGGUGAUGCGGAUGAUGAAAUGGAUUCGGACAGUGAGGGUGAGGGUGAAGAUACUGCUGCACAGAGUGGUGAGGGUGCUAGCAGUAGCAGCCAGCCUACCGUGGCUCAGACUGUAUCACAAAUGGAUGUGGAUAUGGAUAUUGAUAGCUCGGGGGAGAUUUCGAAGCAAGAGAAAGUGCAGCUCCCAGAUCAGGGUCCAGAGCAGGCCACAGAGCAGGCUACAGAGAAAGUCCCGAAAGAGGCCACAGAAGCUCCGAUCAAACAAGAUGCAGAUAAGGUCACAGAGCAGGCACCGGAGCAGGCCAUAGCACCGGCCACAGAGAAUGUCCCGGAAGAGGCCACAGAAGUUCCGAUCAAACAAGACGCAGAGAAGGUCACAGAGCAGGUCACAGAGAAAGUCCCGAAAGAGGUUACAGAAGUCUGGGUCAAACAAGACGCAGAGAAGGUCACAGAGCAGGUCACAGAGAAAGUCCCGAAAGAGGUUACAGAAGUCUGGGUCAAACAAGACACAGAGAAGGUCACAGAGCAGGCACCGGAGCAGGCACCAGAGCAAGAUCAGAAGCAGAUCACAGAGAAAGUCCCGGAAGAGGUCACGGAAGUUCCCAUGAAACAAGACACAGAAGAAAUCACCAAAGGGCCUGGAGCUUCUCCCUCUGGACACGAGGAUAAACAGCCAGCUGUUCCCAGCGAGAGUAUGGACACUGAGUAG